AUGAGUGGAACAGGACGACUGCCGGGUCUCACGCAAGGUUCUGCGAAACCCGGGCUCAAAUUCAAGCCUAAGGCGCUUGCAAGAAGGUCGAAAGAAGAAAGAGAGAAGACAGUGCCGAAACCCACGAGCGAGGAGUUGGGGGAUGGCCACAAUUCCAAGAAAAAGUAUAGCAAAAAGGACCAGGGGAAUCGGCAGAAACGGGUGCCGAAAUAUUUGUUGAACACACGAGUUGUAGGUGCUGGGUUUGGAGCAGAGAACUUCGCAGGUGGAGGAGGUAUCAAUGCCAGAUCAGGGUUCAUAAAGAGCGAGGAUGGUGGCUCUGGUCAUUCACAGCUCAUGCAGCUCGGUUUACAAGGCGUAAAUGGGGGCGUCAAAGGUGCGGACGAAGACGGAGACUCGGACGGCGGAGAUGGACGCACGAAAAUUAAUAUGGGACGUGAGUACCGUUUCAACGACCUAUGUGCAUCCGAUGAUGAGGAGGACGAUGCUCUAGGGCUACAGACUGGUGCCAACGGCGAGGUAGACGAAGAGGCUCUGCGGUCCAAGCGACUGGCCCACUUUUUUCCAGUCAGGGCUGUCAGAGUGCGUCAUGAAGAUAUGGAUUCAGUGCAAAAGGAAUUGAAGGAAUCGCUUUCGGACCAAACCACUAGGGAACCAACUCCUGGCAACGCUUUGAAAGAGGAAGAAGGCGAUCUGUCUGCCGUGUUGCAACAGCGCGACGUUGAAUUGCAAGACAAACUCAACGCUUUGCAAUUACAAAACGAAUUUGCAUCCGUUGAUUAUCAAGAAGGUCUUGAUGAAGUGAGACGUCUCAAUCAAGACCAUGUUCAUAUUGUCAAAAAACUGUCCAAGAUAAACGACCAGCCAGGCAAAUUCAUGUUUUUCCAGCUACCAGCGGUGCUACCUGAUUUUGAACCGCCGCAGCCCAUUGAAAAGAUGGAGGUUGUGAAAAAUGAAGAAGCUGUGGAACCAAAAGAACCGGACACCGAAGCUUCAAGUACAGAAGAGGCUUCUUCCAACGACACAAAAGAACAGCAACCGGAGCCAUCCAAGGGCGAAAAGCCGAACGAAAAGAAAAAGGAGCCGGUGGAAGAGGUCGAUAAACCGCUCACUGGGAACAUUGGCUCGCUUCGAGUCCACAAGUCUGGAAAAAUCUCCAUCAAGAUUGGAAACGUUGUGAUGGAUGUCAACAGAGGCGCCGAAAACACAUUUUUGCAGGAAGUGGUAGCUCUCGAUGAGCGAGCUGAGGAGCGAACAGUAGAGUUACUGGGUCAAAUUGUAGGCAAGGCGGUGGUGACACCGAAAUUUUAA